AUGAGAGUUGAAGAGGUGCUACCCAAAAUUUACCUUGAUAUCUCGGUAGGAGAUGCCAAAAUCGGAAGAAUCGUUUUCGAGCUUUAUGUGAGCAAGGCUCCUUCAACCGUUGCUGCAUUUCUCGACCAGUUGCAUACCUACAAGGGGCACCACUUCAACAGAAUAAUCAAGAACUUUAUGAUCCAAUGCGACAAUGGCAACGUUGCCGACUCCGAAAAGGUUGCUGAAGAAAAUGCCGAGGAGAAGUUCGAGGAAUCCUUUCUUUUAGCAUUGGCAGGUCGUUCUGUGUCUCAGUUCUUCAUCACCACAUACAAAGCACAACAUCUCCUGGGCCAACACACCUGCUUUGGGCGUGUGAUCAAGGGCAAGUCUGUUAUAAGAGAAAUUGAAAACGUUCAGACGGAUAGUGCACAUGUGCCUGUGGACUCUGCACCUGUCGUGAUUACUGAAUGCGGUCAUUGGGAAGAUGGAGACCCAGUACCUAUAUUCAAUGCGUGCUACGAUGAGAUUGCAGGUGAUAUAUACGAGGAGUAUCCUGAUGACGAUAGCCACAUCGAUAAAGAGCUGUCUGCGUCUGUGUUGAAAGCAUCCACGAUAAUCAAGAAUGCUGGUGGUGAACUCUUUAAACAGGGAGAGCUCCAAAAGGCCCUCUUCAAGUUUAAAAAGGCAUUGAGAUACGUGAUGGAAUUCUUCCCGGAUCCCGAUGAAGAGCCCGACUUCUAUCAGAAGUACAUGGACUUGAAGAAGAAGAUCUAUCUCAACUUGUCAUUGGUCACGCUAAAACUCAAGCAGUAUUCUAGGUGUCUCGACUACUGUGAGUAUCUUUCAGAGAUGUCUCUCUCUCAGCAGGAAAAAGCAAAGACGCUAUUUAGAGCAGGCCGUGCCAAAAUUGAGCUACGGAAAUACAAGGAGGCCAUCAGCUCUCUUGAGGAGGCACAAAAAUUGGUCCCUAAUGAUGCAGCCAUUCCUAAGGAGAUUACAAAGGCCCAGGAUUUAUUGGAACAGUCCAAAAAAGCGGAAAGAGCCAAGUACUCUAAGUUCUUUGGGUAA